AUGUAUGUUUUCUUGAUGGACAAAGGGCAGCUUGUCCACUUGGACUCUAGGCUGUGGUCACAAAAUGUCUCCAGUCUGCGCAACGCCUUGGCCGAAGAAGUGGGCUUGCCUUUGGAGAAGCAGAUUCUCCUGGUGUCAGGUGGAUUCCAAUUGGAGCCUGGUGACAAGCUGUCCGAGUACGGUGCCGGGAUGGACCAGACUAACCCAAUAUACAUAUUCACACGCGCGAAAGAAAACGAUGACACCGUACAGAAGCCCGAUGUUCUAACAGUCAACGACGGCGGCUAUCCCCAUCUCAUCGAGACUCUGCUCACUGAAAGCCCCAGUUUAUCUGCCCUCAACGAUCGGAUCUGUGCUUUACGAGCGCUGGCUCCGAUAGCACACGAGACAUGCGAGGCCAUCGAACAGUUAGUUUCCGAACAGCGCCAAAUGAUUCAGGGAUGGUGCGUCGCUUUGGCCAAUCUCGCCGAAGUGGUCACCGACACCAACAAGCGCCUUACAACUGCGGUGAACCGAGUGACCCAGUUCGAGAACUGCGCUCCUGAAUGGGAACAGAAGCUACAUUCAGUGAGUGAAUUGAAACGUGAACUGUCCGAUGUCUCCCUGCUCCCUCAAUUGGUCGCCCCGUGGAUUGAGACUUGCAAGCAAAACCCGUUGUUCAAUAUCCCGGUUUCUAUGCCCAACAAUUUGUACGAUUGGAUUUGUCUGCAAUGCAUCCUAUCUUUUGGACCGUGUCGGGCUCAACGCAAUCUUGUUCCAGCUUCCAGUCGCCUCCAGGUUGCUUCUUCCCGCCUGCUAGAUCGGCCUGAUAUGCUUCGUAACGGCCGUUCGAGGACAACCAGCGCUGGCACCUUGGAUAAUGUGCACAAUAUCCCAUCUCCUUGCCAAACUCGCUUGACCCAAUCACCAGAUUCGGGCACUCCCAGUUCACCCUGUGCGCAUGGGUCACAGCACAUUUUCCACAAUUUGUCCGGUCUUUGGGACUCUUCUCCAGCCCUGGCUCGUCCACUUCCGUCCGGGGAGAGUCAUGAACGUGAAUUCUUGGCCAUUGUACACACUGCACUGUCUGACCUCAACGCACUGCGUGGAACCACCGAAACAGGUCUGGGCGACAGUGCUGGGGAAACGAAAACAACGAUGCUUUACGUACGAGGUUUGACUUCUCGAUUGGAACAGCUUUUAGCUCUGGUCUCGUCCUAUUCCCCAAACACCGUCUCUUUGUCCACCGUCCAAUCACAACCCCCGGAGCCUGUCGCUUUGCCAUCAUUGGAUGCAGACACGGUGAGACAGACACGCGAAGCGUUGGAUUGGAAUUAUUUCAGCCAGCUGCUCUCUUUGCUAUGCCCUUUGUCGGAUGAAGCACAUCACAUGAUCGACCUGAUCGAUAUGGUGAAACAGAAUCUGGUCAAGGUGCAUCAACAUGCCUGCGCAAACAAAGAUAUUUCGGCUGUGAACGAUUCAUUCGAGUCCCACUCCUCCCAGUUGCGGGAAGUACUCUCGGCGUUUCAUCAGCUGUGCCAAAUGUUGAAUAAAACCAUGCAGAACAAGUUGUAUUUGGCAGAGAAUUUACAGCAACGGCAACAUUGGCUUCAAAAUUUUCAAUCGUACAUCCACCGGUUGGACGCUGGGAUCCACAGAUGUCUGUCUCAAAUGGAACGCAUCACAAGAACUGGUACGCUGAUUGCUCAGCUGCAGAAAGCACCCGAAGUGUAUGCUCGCUGUCUGGUCGAGGUCGUACGGCAACACGAAUUUGAGAUAGCCCUCGUCCGACUCACACGUGAGCUGCGCGAGAAUCGCUCCGACGAAACAAACAGACGACGUGGAUUUGUCAGGCAUUUGCGUGACAACAUACUGCACUCGCUGUUCGCUCCCUGGAUUGGAUCUAGUGGCCACCAUUGCUCCCAUACCAAAUCUACACUACUUGGAAGUUGUCGCACCCUUAACAACCUCGACUCCGACGGCCAGUCAUCCGAUGCGCGCUCGGGUGUGUCCACUGCUGGUCGGUUGGAGCCCAAGUUCUUCGACAGUGGUCCCCGGCGACAGUCUCAUAUGGGUUCCAGGUCCGAACCGCAUUUGGAUCGGUUGGUUCACUCACCAGCAUCCGUCCGUCUAGCAUCCCGCACUCGUCCAAAAGAGACUUUUAUCCAAACAACACAGAAACUGGCGGAGGUACACGAGGAUGAGGGCGAGAUGCGUGUGCCGGAGCUGAGGACGAAGCACUUUAGCGGUACUUCCGGUAGCCCUUCUGACCAACGACCACUUGCGUAUGCACGUGCCGAUUCGCCUUCGAUGGACGCUCUUUGCCACUCUUUUGUGCCCCGCGGACUCGACGAGGUCUUCCGAGCGCCAAGGUGGAGUUUGGGAGAUCCUGCAGCUGUUGAGGACGAAUCACCAGGUACAUCGACCCAACCACGGACUGGAUGCAUCACGCGAGAUGAUCUGGACAAACUCUCUGCCGAACUGCCGGAACAUUUGGCCAGAAUCAUUCACGAGGAAAAGUCUAAAUUUCUCUUGCACACUCAGCUGUCCCGGAGCACCAUCUCUCCUCUCCUCUCUACGGUGGAAAACCCCUCUGUCACUCGUUAUACAGACCCUUGUUCCACCGAACCAACAGUUGACUCAUCGCGUCCAACAUGCCUGUCGUCAGUUGACGAAGCAUGCCAAACGGAGUUCGCCUUCUCUUUCCAAUCUCCCACGAAGAUCUGGUCUUCGCGUAGCCACAGCACAAGUUUACUCUUGCCAGCUUCUGGUUCUCCUCAUCGCCCGCUUUCGGGAUGGGAACCAUUACCGUCUAGUCUGUGCAGCUGGGAACUGUGUCCUGGGCCUUCCGGUAGGACGACUCUGAGGCGAUCACUGUCCACCAAUCCGUUGAUUAACUUCACAAGCACAGCAGCCAAGCAAACCCAAACAGACGAUUUGAUGGAAUCUCAACACGGCAACCACUUGGGAACCGAUCCAGACCCCCCAGACUACUCAGCGCCCGCGCACCGCUCAUCGCCUUCACCGGAACCAUCAAUCAGCCCACAACCAGCUCCACCGACCGACCCACCAAGUCCGACGCAGGAUACCGGCGACUCUCCACCCUCAGCUGGGCGUCGUGCAGCGUUGAUGAGUCUGAAACUGGAUCCGGCCGCGGCGGAUGAAUUGUUUGCCGACUUGGAGUACUCCACUCCGACGACCAUGAUGUCGGUCAGUUUCCAUUCCACUCGUACCAAUCUUUCCAACACUGACGAACCUGGUGUCCCCACCGAGGAGGACGACGCCUGGGGAGCUUCUAAGGGUGAUGCUCCGACGCCAAGCCGACCAGCUCACUUAGUGGAUCGUUCGAGUGAAUCUCGUUCUGCAGAUGCUCGGCGCAUUUCCGUCUCCUCUGGUCACUCGUCUUCGUUGGAGGCACCUUCUGAAGAAGUGGGUUCCCUUUGUACAGUCAAUCAGCUCCAUCGAGCCUGCGUACAACUCGCCGCUCGAUUCCAUGCCGGGUCCGAUGGGAACAAGAUCACAUCUACCGGCUGCCCUGUUAACGCGGAUCAGACGGCAAUGUUAAAUCCGAUAUUGGCUCGUUUGGCUGCGUAUGUACAACGUUACCCUCACCCACCUUGCUUUCUGCACCUUUCCUCCGUGCCAUCACCUUCACCGGACUCUAGCGCCGGUCCCAGUUGUUCUCAGUCGGCACAAAACUCCCCUUCCGGCUGCCCUUCCCCGACUCCUGCGGAACCAGACCAAAAUUCUGCGUCUGCCUUCACACUAGAAAAGAUCGACCCGAUCCAGCCAACUUAUGUGGAUAACCAGACCUCCAAUUCCUCGACGCUGACCAGCCGAGACACAUCGACAAUGCGUCCUCAACUAGGUGGUAACUCUGUUGACUCCCAGACCACGGACCUUGAGCAACAGACAGAAUUGCUUCCGUCUAGGACCACACCACCAGCUGUUCACCACCGUAAUCCUUCGCCCUCUUCAACUGUACUCCACCCACCUUUGCUCGACUCGCUCGCUAUCUCUUCCACCUGUGAACCGAAACGCAUUAUCAAUUUUGUCCACGCGAACUUUACCCCUAAUGAUACCGUGAUAUUCGUCCCAGUUCAUGGAUCGGCGCCACAUCACUCGCACAUCAAGCAGCGCGCCAUCGAAGAGGCGGAGAAAGAAGCUGUCUCCAUGUCUUCGAACAGAAUAGACUCUCUGUUACCAGCCUCUUCGAUUCUCUCAUCAACCAUCAUACAAUCCAUGGAUACCUCGUUCACCGCCACCGCUUUGCGGUCCGGUUCCAGACGUGACUUGAUGUUUUCCAGUGUACAUCCUGGUGGAUCUGUAUGUAACUCGAGGUCUACUCUGGUCAAAGAGUUGCUUGGAACCACAAUGAAUGAGUUGUGGGAUACGCCGUUGGGCAGAUCCUCCUGUGGUCCUUCCACACACCAAGAUCGUCUAAGUUCAGAACCGCCCUCGGAACAGAAAACUUCGGAAUCCGCCGUUACCCAAUGGCGAAUGCUAUCAUCUGAUGGGCAUGUAUACUUCUUACAUCAAGAUGAUUUUGCAUCCCUCGGUCUGGACCCAAACACUGACUACUGUAAGCCAGUGGUCGGUUCUCCUCCACAUGCCAUGGGACGUUGGAAACAGAGUUGGAGUGGUUCCAAAGCCGCUAAGCCACCACAAAGCUCCGAUGAUCACAAACUGUCGAUCGGACGAUGCAGUUACUUUGUGGUUGCCAGCUAUCAGCGCAAGGAGCGUUGUCUGUCAAAGAAGACUGAAAAUCGCUUCAAUCUACCAAAGGAUUUCGCGUUCUACCGAGUUCGUGUUAAACCCCUGCAGCCUCUGAGCGAUUUGGAGCCCACGUCGACAACACCGUGA